UGCCAUACUGCUUACAAAAACCAUGAUCCAAAGUUAUAUCAUCCCAACAAUUGAACAGCACCUCGAGAAGACCUCUUCCACUAUCAGUGGGCCAUGCAUGACAAGGGCAUAGACUGAUGCUAUCUUUAUGGUUCUCCCGCAGGAUAUGGUACCUGUCAUAGUUGAUUACUGCCUUCUGCUGCAGCGAAAGGAUCUUUUAUUUAGCCAAAUGUAUGACAAAUUAAGUGAAAAUUCAGUGGCCAAAGGAGUGUUUCUGGAGUGCCUUGAGCCAUAUAUUUUAAGUGAUAAAUUGGUGGGGAUCACACCCCAGGUCAUGAAAGACUUGAUUGUUCAUUUCCAAGAUAAAAAGUUAAUGGAAAAUGUGGAAGCCCUCAUUGUACAUAUGGAUAUUACCAGCCUAGAUAUUCAGCAGGUAGUUCUUAUGUGUUGGGAAAAUCGCCUAUAUGAUGCCAUGAUCUAUGUCUACAACAGAGGCAUGAAUGAAUUUAUUAGUCCCAUGGAGAAACUUUUCAGAGUCAUUGCUCCUCCUCUGAAUGCAGGAAAAACACUAACAGAUGAGCAAGUUGUUAUGGGCAACAAACUUCUUGUAUAUAUUAGCUGUUGUCUGGCAGGUCGUGCCUAUCCCCUUGGUGACAUCCCUGAAGACCUUGUUCCCUUGGUUAAAAACCAGGUUUUUGAGUUUCUGAUUCGCCUGCAUUCAACAGAAGCAUCACCCGAGGAGGAAAUCUAUCCUUAUGUCCGGACUUUGCUACAUUUUGACACAAGAGAAUUUCUGAAUGUAUUGGCACUGACCUUUGAAGAUUUUAAAAAUGACAAGCAAGCUGUGGAAUAUCAACAGCGAAUUGUGGACAUUUUGUUGAAAGUUAUGGUGGAGAAUUCAGAUUUUACUCCCUCACAAGUAGGGUGUCUCUUUACUUUCCUUGCCCGGCAACUUGCAAAGCCUGACAAUACCUUGUUUGUGAACAGAACCCUCUUUGAUCAGGUCCUUGAAUUCCUCUGUAGUCCUGAUGAUGACUCCCGUCACUCUGAAAGACAGCAGGUCCUUUUGGAAUUGCUGCAGGCUGGAGGCAUAGUUCAGUUUGAAGAGAAUCGGCUCAUCCGUAUGGCAGAAAAGGCUGAAUUCUAUCAAAUUUGUGAAUUUAUGUAUGAACGAGAACACCAAUAUGACAAAAUUAUUGAUUGUUACUUGCGUGACCCACUAAGAGAGGAAGAAGUCUUUAAUUACAUUCACAACAUCUUGUCUAUUCCUGGCCACAGUGCUGAGGAGAAGCAGUCUGUGUGGCAGAAAGCAAUGGAUCACAUUGAGGAACUUGUGUCCCUGAAGCCCUGUAAAGCUGCAGAGCUGGUUGCUAUCCACUUUUCUGGGGAGAUUGAGACAGUCAUUAGAAAACUUCAGAACCAGGUCUUGCUUUUCAAGUUUUUGAGGAGUCUUCUUGACCCAAGGGAAGGUAUUCAUGUGAAUCAAGAAUCGCUGCAAAUAUCUCCCUGUAUUACAGAGCAAUUCAUUGAGCUGCUGUGUCAGUUCAAGCCAAACCAAGUUAUAGAGACACUGCAAGUCCUUGAAUGCUACCGGUUGGAAGAAACGAUUCAGAUUACUCAAAAGUAUCAACUCCAUGAAGUCACUGCUUAUCUAUUAGAAAAGAAAGGAGAUAUUCAUGGUGCCUUCUUAAUAAUGCUGGAGAGACUACAAGGCAAACUUCAAGAGAUAACACAUCACAGUGAAAAUACCAAAGAGGAUCCCUCAUUGAAGGAUGUUGAAGAUACGGUUGUAGAGACAAUUGCUCUUUGCCAGAGAAAUUCACAUAAUUUAAACCAGCAGCAACGAGAGGCACUCUGGUUUCCAUUAUUGGAGGCAAUGAUGGCUCCACAGAAGUUGGCCAGCUCAACUACCCCUUAUCUCCACUCUGAAGCUCUGAAAUCCUUGACCAUGCAAGUUCUAAAUAGCAUGGCAGCAUUUAUUGCCCUUCCAUCAAUCUUGCAAAGAAUCUUACAGGAUCCAGUGUAUGGAAAAGGAAAACUUGGAGAAAUCCAAGGCCUUAUUCUGGGAAUGUUAGAUACCUUUAACUAUGAACAAACUCUGCUGGAAACAACAACCAGUCUUUUAAACCAAGAUCUCCAUUGGUCAUUGUGUAACCUGAGAGCUUCAGUCACUAAAGGACUGAAUCCCAAACAGGAUUACUGUUCUAUAUGUUUGCAACAAUACAAGAGACGCCAAGAGAUGGCUGAUGAAAUUAUUGUCUUUAGCUGUGGCCACUUGUAUCAUUCAUUCUGUCUACAAAACAAAGAAUGCACCGUAGAAAUUGAGGGCCAGAUAAGAUGGACAUGCUACAAAUGCAACUCAAGUAAUAAAGUAGGAAAACUAAGUGAAAAUUCUUCUGAAAUUAAAAAGGGAAGGAUAACCCCAUCACAGGUAAAGAUGUCUCCAUCAUAUCAUCAGUCUAAAGGGGAUCCUCCUGCUAAGAAAGCAGCCUCAGAACCUGUCCUGGAUCCACAGCAAAUCCAAGCAUUUGAUCAGCUUUGCCACCUCUACCGAGGAAGUUCCAGGCUGGCUCUCCUUACGGAACUCUCCCAGAAUCGCAGCAGUGACAGCUACAGGCCAUUCAGUGGCUCUCAGAGUGGUCCUGCUUUCAACAGCAUCUUCCAGAACGAGAACUUCCAGCUGCAGCUCAUUCCCCCACCAGUGACUGAGGACUGAGGCCACCCCAGGGCACAGCCCUGAGAGCAUGGACAUACCAGGGCAGUGGAAGGGGUUCUGCACAGGCUCAGCCUCGCUGCCUCACACUCCUGCGCAGAGGGUACAAGAGGGACCUCUGUACCUGGGCUCCCACCCACCGUUCCCAGUGUAGACUGUAUGCCUGUCUCUUUCAGUGCUGUCGCAGCCUCAAGACUACCAGACUGGCCAGUUUUGUUUUGCUUGGAAUGUCACAUACCCCUGCCCAGCUCUUUAGAAAAUAGUGUUAUGCCCUUUGGGACUUUUUCCUGUUUCCCCUGAAGCUUGGAGAGUAGGUGGAGCCUUGCUGAUGGCAUUGGAAGGUAACAUGGAAGGCAUCCCUGUGGGGCAGAGCUUUCUAGGCUGCAGUGUGACAGACACAGCACUGGAGAGCAGCACCUGCCUUUUGAUGUGUUUAUGCUAAAACCCAUGUGAGUGACUGACUUGCACUUCCUAACAAUAAACGUCUCUGAA